CGUAUAUUCACCCCACCUCUCUCUCUCUCUCUCUCUCUCCCUCUCUCUCUCUCUCCCUCCCUCUCUCCCUCUCUGGCUUUUCCUUCUUUAUUCUCUCACACUCUUCUUUUCACAAUCAUGCAGUGCAGAGUCCGUGUGGAGUAAGGAGAAGCCAAUGGGAUGAGGUUUUGGUAAUAGAUGCAAAUGAUCAUGAAAAGACACUGCAAAAUAUGAAACAACUCAUUUGCGCCGAAGUAAAUCACUGAAAACUGUUUAUGAACUGGCAUCUCUUCUUGGAAAUGUAAAGCGAGAACUCUAUAAGUGGCGAUUUUUUUAGGGGGGGGGGGAAGCAAGAAUUCAAUAUCAUGCAGGCUUAGAGUUUUGAUUAUAUCCUCCUUUUAUAUUCCUGGAAAUCACAAACUGUUGUUGCUUAGCAUCUUAGCUCUUUCUGCGCUAAUAGAUUCCCGUGGUUUAAAAAAAAAUUAAAAUGAGCUCUUAUUUUGUCAACUCACUGUUCUCCAAAUACAAAACCGGGGACUCUCUGCGCCCCAACUACUAUGACUGUGGCUUUGCUCAGGAUCUUGGAGGUAGACCCACAGUUGUGUAUGGACCCAGCACUGGUGGUACCUUCCAGCAUCCGACCCAAAUUCAGGAGUUUUACCACGGAGCAUCCUCUCUCUCCAGCUCCCCUUACCAACAGAAUCCCUGCGCUGUGGCGUGCCAUGGGGAUCCAAGCAACUUCUAUGGAUACGACCCAUUGCAAAGACAAAGCCUGUUCGGUGCCCAGGAAUCGGACCUGGUGCAGUACACGGAUUGCAAGCUGGCUUCCAGCGGCCUGGGGGAAGAGGCGGAGAAUUCAGAGCAGAGUCCUUCUCCUACACAGCUUUUCCCUUGGAUGCGACCGCAAGCCGCUGGACGCAGAAGGGGGCGGCAGACCUACAGCCGUUACCAAACCCUGGAGCUGGAGAAGGAAUUUCUCUUUAAUCCCUACCUGACCCGCAAGCGGAGGAUCGAGGUGUCGCACGCCCUGGGACUGACAGAAAGGCAGGUCAAAAUCUGGUUCCAGAACAGGAGGAUGAAAUGGAAAAAGGAAAACAACAAAGACAAGUUUCCCAGCAGCAAAUGCGAGCAGGAAGAACUGGAAAAACAGAAAAUGGAAAGAGCCCAGGAGGUGGACGAGGAAGGGGACGGACAGAAAGGGGACAAGAAAUAAGAUUUUUAAGAACUGAGAGGCAAGCACUGAUGGGAUCCUGACUCUUACAUUAAUGGCAGUUAAUGUAAGGGGUGGGGGGGGGGAGGGGAGCAAUGCAUAGAAAAGAGAAGAAAAAAACCCUUUUAUUGCCGUAAAACAAUAUAGCUCUAAGCACCCACUUUUCCUGAUUGUCCUUUGGUACAAUGAACAGUAUGCAAAAGAGAUCCGGAGGUCUUUCUAGCCUUUCGCCAGUUAUUAACUAGUGGUAGUGUAUCGCAAUAGCUUAUGUAAAACAUGACUGUGAAUUUUCUCUCUCUCUCUCUCUUCUUUAUUGGGGGCGGCGGGGGGGUUGGUUAACUCUGCUUUCAACGCUAUAGGAGUUUAUGUGGAAUUAUAUUGUGCACUUUUGAAUCCUCCUCCUUUUUGUUGUGGUUCACUGUAUGUACCGGAGGUAGCUAUUGAAACAGACAUCCCGACAACAUGAAACUGCCUAUUUAUGCUGUAGUUCUCUCUCCCUACUCUCUUGCUCUCUCCCGCUCUUUUAUGUUGAUUAUUUUGUCACGUUCCUUGCUUCUGUUCUUGGGUUUCGGUUUGGGGUUUGUUUUUGUUUUGUUUUGUUUGUUUACAGUUUUGUGUCUCUUCCAAAAGCCUUUUUUUCCUCUCUCUUUCUCUCUCUCCUUUAGUUAGCAUGCGCACAGUGGAGCAAGUUGUAAAGUGAUCCUUAGGUUUACUGUGAAAAAGAAUGUAUACUGUAUACGUGAAUUACUUUAUGGGGGGAACUAAUGAUAUAUUUUGUUGUUCUUUCAUCACUUUGUUCUAUUGUCUAAACCUGGAAGCGGCGGAAGAAAGUUACAAUAAAGUUUACAAGCGAGAAUCCCGUGACAUCAUUCAUUUACCCUGCUUCAUUUCCUCCAGGACUACUUCGAUAGAAAGGAAAUAAAAGUCAAUUGUGUCAGAAUUUCAGCCCUUGCAGUCAGAGGAGCGCUUAGCCUUUAGCGAGACUGGAGAGUUUAGGUUGCUGUUAAGGCUGGAGG